AUGCCCUUAGGCACGGCCAUACAUAACAUAGAAAUCACACUUGGAAGGGGUGGACAAUUAGCUAGAGCAGCGGGUGCUGUUGCGAAACUGAUUGCAAAGGAGGGGAAAUCGGCCACAUUAAAAUUACCUUCUGGGGAGGUCCGUUUGAUAUCCAAAAACUGCUCAGCAACAGUCGGACAGGUGGGGAAUGUUGGGGUGAACCAGAAAAGUUUGGGUAGAGCCGGAUCUAAAUGUUGGCUAGGUAAGCGUCCUGUAGUAAGAGGAGUAGUUAUGAACCCUGUAGACCAUCCCCAUGGGGGUGGUGAAGGGAGGCUCAAUUGGUGA